CUAACCCGACCCGUCGGCACAAACAGGCGGCCGUGCUCCGUGUGUGGAACUUGACGAUGAUGCCACUGCAGUGCUGCAAAGCACCGUCGACGUUGACGUGACUAUAAAAUGCGCUACACAACCGUUAGCCUCACGUGAAAGUUUUGUGGAGCCAUGGAUCCGCCCUGCACGGCUUCUGCCGCUCCGGCGGGUCUGACGGUCCAGGUGUGCUUCCCUGGCGUCCGUGCUGCCGUUCUGGACAAUCUGAACCGACAGCGGGAGGAGGGUCGGCUGUGUGACCUCUCCAUCCAGGUGCAGGGCCAGGUGUUCCGGGCUCACCGCUGUGUCCUCGCUGCCUCGUCUCCGUACUUUCACGACCAGGUGUUACUUAAGAACGUCACCACGGUUUCACUCCCCUCGGUUAUGGACCCUGUGGCGUUUGAGAGUGUGCUGAGUUCUGCCUACACGGGCCAGCUGAGCAUCGUGCAUGAGGACAUUGUGAACUAUGUCACUGUGGCCAGUUUUCUUCAGAUGUGGCACAUCGUGGACAAAUGCACCGAGAUCUUGAAGAGGCCCCGUCCUCCAGCUGAAGCCGCCCCUGGAGAGGCGGCUGCAGCUCAUCCAGGCACCGCAUCCCGGCAGCAGUCGCCAAGCAGCACCGACUGCCUCUAUCUGGAAAGGGAGGCGAGGAAACGGGAGAGGAAGCCUGACGCCUUGCCUCCCUUAGCCACAUGGAGACGCCCACAGCAGUUUCCUAGAUGGGGGCGGACACGUCCCUCAUCAGCCCAGCACUUAGCAGACUCUCAGCUGGACUCGCUCCCCGGCUAUACAGCGAAUGAUUACACCAGCUGUGGAGAAGCGUGGGUUUCAAAUCACAUCAAAACCAGCCACUUUGCACAAGACGGACCCGGCCACGGCAGCCGGCACCACGGGGGGCCCCCAGGGGGAGAGGCGCUGAAGCAGAAAGUCAGGUUCCAGCAGCGGGGAGCGCAGCUGAGCGCUGAUAGACUGCCGGAUAAAAAUAGAGGGAGUGGACAGAGUGAUGAGCCACAAGAGAAGAGGAAGAAUGAGAAGAGAGAGAUUGAGGCAGAUGAAGGAGUAGGAGAGGACGAGGUGGAACUGAAGGAAGACUUUGAGCAAAUGGGACACUGUGCCUUCCACCCAGUUUCAGAUGAAAACGAGGAAGCUGGACUAGCGCCAGGGAAAAGCAGUGCAGAGGGGAUGAAGAACAAGGUGGAGAGAGAGUCGUUGGGAAACGAUAAUUCGGACCUGCCCAGUACUUGCCACACAGUGGAAGGGGGUCCGGGCCUGUCCUGUCCGGUUCCAGCUCAGCAGCAGUGGCAGACGAGUCCCUGGUCUCAGCAAGAGCAGAGGUCUCAGGGAGCAGGGGUGGGCAGCUGUGGUAAAGUCCAGGAGGAAGAUGAGGAGGAAGAGGAUGUUGACUUUGACUGUUUUACAGGCGGGACCUUUAGCAGAGGAACAUACGAUGAGAUUGAGAAUAACACAGGACAAGUGUCCCAGCGGCCGUUGGUGCCUGUGUCCCCUGACCUGACCAUGGCAGGCUCAGAGGUGAGCUGGCCGUCCACCAGCGCGGGGCAGAGCAGCUCCCUCACCCCCACCUCCAGCCGCCAUCUGUCGCCUUCCUCCGCUGCUUUCCCUCCGCCAUCUUCGCCCCCGACCCCAUCUUCAUCCUCCUCCGUGUCCCUCGCUGGCACCCCCUACACAGGAAAAGUCCACUUCUGCCACUGUGGCAAGGCCUACACCCUCAAGAGCAUGCGUGACCGGCACGUGAAGAUGCAGCACCUCAACCUGCGGCCCUUCGGCUGUCCCGUUUGCACAAAGUCCUUUAAGAUGAAGCACCACCUAACCAAGCACCUUAAAACCCACGGAGGCAAA